CCGCGCAUCGACACUGUGGCUAUUUGGCUGGAAUGACCUUUUGGUAUGGCCAUGUGCAUACUGCAGUUUAUGAUCCUGGCCUUGGGGAAGGCAAGAACUCUUGGGCAAGGUUGGUUUGAGCAACUCCUUGGUGGCUUCCAGGAAGUUGGCCAUGCUCAUUUUGUCGACUGGGCUAGGCCCUAGCGGCUAGGCCGUUGGAGAUGGGUUGGUUUUGCCGAUGCCGAAGGCUCCCAAAAUCAGAUGACCUCAUCCUGGAAGUGCCUAGUAGUCGGGAUGUAUCACCGGUCACUCCUGCCAAGAAGGACCUGGUGGCUACACCACGUCACCCGAGGCGAACUCGCAUCUUCGUGCGAAUGCCCAGCGGCGAGAUCAUUCCAGCAGACAUGGAUCUGAACUGGACCACCACUGAAGCCUCCGAGUAUAUCAUUGCUAAUUGCCGAAAUGUGGGGCUUAAAGGUCUGGAGAAUGGCUGCAACCUUCGAUUCCGAAGGAGAAUCCUACGGAAAGACUUGACUUUGAAGGAGAGUGGUGCUGAGAUUGGUAGUGUGCUUGGCUUGGUUCCUUCAGAGCCCUUGCAGCCCUUUCAGGUGCCAUCGUCAUCCGACUGAGCGUCGUUGAGCAUCUUCCCGCAGUGUCGAGGAUGGUGCUCCGUGCUCCAGGUGAUGGUGUUUUGGAGAUACCCGAGAAACCAUGAUGGCCAUGGUAUCCACACGUGUUGGAUGUGUUUUGUCGCAAGCCACCAACAAGCGUAGUGCUGACAGCGCUGUUUCCUGUCAGAGAAAUGAGAGGAGAUGGAGAGCUCUCAAACGGUUUACUCCCUGAGAGCGAAAAAGUAUAUCCUCUCAAAUUCUUUGGUCGUAGCCUGUCAUCAAGCAAUCUUCUCACAAACCUCCUUGCCUAUUGGGCACAAUGCCUGCAUUCUCAGGGGUAUGGCCGCCGUCGGGACAUGUUUAAAGGGCCAAACUAGCGGAAUUGAGGUGGUC